GGCCAACCCUAAGCCCUAAGCCACUCUCUCCGUCUCUCGUUGAUUCCCACACAUAUAAACUCCCAUCUCUUCGCCCGCCCUUCAUUUUCGUCUUCUUCAGCAGCUCAGGAGUCUAGGGUUUCUGCAGCUGCGGAACAAUGGGGAAGGGAACGGGAAGUUUCGGUAAGAGGAGGAACAAGACUCACACGCUCUGUGUGAGGUGUGGCCGACGCAGUUUUCAUCUCCAGAAGAGCCGAUGCUCCGCUUGUGCUUUCCCCGCUGCCCGUAAGAGGAAAUAUAACUGGAGUGUGAAGGCUAUCCGAAGGAAGACAACUGGGACGGGUCGUAUGAGGUACCUACGCAAUGUACCUCGCAGAUUCAAGAGUGGCUUCAUAGAAGGGGCCCAGGCAGCUCCGAGGAAGAAGGGAGCUGCACCUGCUGUUUGAGGCGGUGUUGUAGUGACCGUUAUUUUGGCUUCUAAAUUAUAGAGUAGUUCUGUUGGCAUUUUCAAACAGCAUUAAUUUAUUUUGUCAGGAAAAUCAUAUGGACAGUGUUCUCUUGUGUGAUUUCGAUUGUAGUUGAUUUAAGAUCUUGACCCGGAGGAUGGUCAAUUGUUUUGAAUCUGCAUUGUCACGAGGCUUUUAUGAGAUGCUGUGUUUUCUUUUCUCA